CAAUAGAACCAAUGACGAGUAACACGCUGUAAUAAACUUUGCUCCCAAUAAGUUUGUUCACGAUGACCUCUGAACAGCAGCUGCCUUCAUUCGUUCAUUCGCGAUAUAUUUUAGUGGACAACGACAGACUAAUAAGCCGCAGUGAGGAAAAUCACGGGGAAGCAAGUUCUCUUGAGUGCACGCAAGAUGAAUAUCAAAGCUUGGUUGGAAACUUGUCAACAUAUGUGAAAGAGUAUCUUAAAGCUCGUUUUAACCUCGUCCAGCAAUGGAUUCCACCUCCUUGUGACGAUGGCACGGCGGCCAGGUGUGACAUAUUGGUCUCGGCCGAGUGGCAGACGGCCGCAAAGCUUUUGAUCAUUUUGCAAAACAAUGUAGGCUCUCAGCUGGGAAUAUGGAGUCGUUCCACAUGCGUGAGCAAAGGUCUCAGGGCAGGUUCCAUGCUUUCAUUCUUGGAGAAGGCGUACGAAGCAGGGUACGCUGUCGUCAUCUGCAAUCCGAACCUCAAUUCAGUCACGGUGGACGGGGGGAAAGUGGCAAUUCCCGGUUCAUCGUUUCCUGAAGAACAUGCUUUAUAUGUCUAUGAGAACUAUGUGGCUUCUUCCAAAGCACAGCAUGUAUUCUUGUUUGGAUACGGUAACGGGGCGAUGCUGUGCAAAGAGAUGCUUCAACGCCAGCUUGUGAGGUGUCAGCAGCAAAGUGGAGAAGUAAAUCGUAUCGCCGGUAUUGCUACGGUAGAGGCCAGUCAAAUCUUACAAGAGGAUGAUUCGACGGACGUGAAAGCAUUUCUGGGUGCAUACGCAGUGGAUUGGGAGUCCUCGCUCCGACUACCGCCCGGCCAUGCCAUCCCGAAGACCCGAUUACGCUUAGGCGUGGCACAGGUGCUCUCUGUGGGCACUCCAGCAACACAUGGGGACGCCGUGGCAGCCAGCACAGUCUGGAGUGUUGUGGCAGCCUUGGACUCCGUUUUCCGUUUCUUCCAAUUUUGCCUGGAGGACGCCCUCCAGCAUCCUCAACCUCCCAAUCUACCCUCUCCCUCAACACCUGCAUCGAAGCCUACGAUUGUCCACAACUCUAGCGACUCUCCAAAAGGCCGUCUUUUCAUUCCCUUUAUUCCUCGCGUCAGCAAAUCUGGUAGGUCUAGCAAUACGUGCGGCAGUGUCCGCGUCUCGGUGCCUGUGAGCAACAGAGGCCACCUCUUCGCCGUAGCCGAAGCAGCUUAUUGUGGCGUUCCCGUACCCCAACCACCAAACGAUCGGUCCUCAGCUGGCCAGUUGGCGGAUUCUGUGGCACCCACCAGCCUCUCGUCUCCAACCCGUGCACGAGAGGAUGAUCAUCGUCUAGCAAGCAGCACUUUUCUCCGUCGGCUCCGGCGGAUGGUUUCCAGUGGCUUGAGUUUCAAUCGGACAUCCUCGUCCGAGCGCGGUGCCCCCUUGUCACCUGGGGGCAUGGAUUUAGAGAGGGCCUUGAGCAGCGACGGUGGUGAUUGUCGGACUUUUGCUCUGACAGAGAGGCUUGGGAUUGGAGACUUCGACCUGCUCAAGGUUGUGGGAAAGGGGGCUUUCGGAAAAGUCAUGCUGGUGAAGAAGAAGAGCCGAGAGCAUGGCGCGGGCAGAAUCUACGCCAUGAAAGUGUUAAACAAGGACACUAUAGUCAAAAAGGGACAAAUUGAGCACACAAUGUCAGAGCGAGCCAUUCUCUGUCAGAUUCGUCACCCGUUUAUUGUCCGUCUCCGAUAUGCCUUCCAGAACCAAACGAGUUUGUACCUGGUCACAGACUACUACACAGGGGGGUCACUUUUCUACCAUUUACGGAAAAAUGGAUCCUUUGCUGCAUCUCGCGCCAAAUUUUACGCUGCAGAGCUUUUGCUGGCACUCGAACACCUACACGAGCAGUUCAUUAUUUACAGGGACCUGAAGCUCGAGAACAUUUUGAUGGACUCAGAGGGCCAUAUAGCCUUGACUGAUUUCGGUCUCUCGAAACAAAAUGUCCGAAGUCAAGCCUGUGCAACGACAUUCUGCGGCACAGCUGAGUAUUUGGCUCCAGAAUUGCUGCGAGGGAAGCCUUACGGGGCACCGGUAGAUUGGUGGAGUUUUGGCAUUCUACUGUAUGAAAUGAUGGACGGUCGGACUCCAUUUUACAACAGCAACAGGAAAUAUAUGUUCCAUUGCAUCGUUCACGUAAGGCCAACAUUUCCGGCACACUUCUCAAAGGCGGCAAAGUCAUUGAUAUUUGGGCUUCUGGAGCCAAAUCCCGCCCGGCGCCCUGGGCCAGCUCGCAUCAAAUCACACGCCUUUUUCGCUGAUAUUGACUUUGAAAGGCUUUAUCAGAAGAAAAUUACACCCCCUUUUAACCCGCGCGUCAAAAAUGCAAUGGACACCAAAUUUGUGCCCAGCAACUACCAUAAGCUUCCGCCCAAGGAAUCUGUGACAGAGCCUACGGGCGCUGGGGUGUGCGCUGCGGCGGAUUUUAAAGCUUUUACUUACCACGGAGAAGGUCAUCUGGGCUAGAUUGAACCCUGAACAUUUAGUGUCUCUUGCAGUAUGGAAAUUUUCGCCAAAUUAAUUCAAAGAUCCAUAGAAGACGGUGCAUGUUGCGAAUUUGCCUUGCUUAGGAGGGCCUGCGGGUUGGUUGGCCG